UAUCCACCAUUUCCUUUCAAAUCUAAUCUGAAAUUCAGCAGAAUUUGGUUCAUGAAUUGGAUUUUGAAGGGCCGUAAGUCUAAAACGCUAGAUAAGAAGGUCCUGAUAUUACCUAUAUGUGUAAAUUAAUUAUUUAUAAAUAUAUUUAAAUAAUUACACAAUUGAAAUUACAAAAUAAUAAUUACUAUUAAAAAUGUAUCUUUCACUGUUCUUAUGAUCAGAUGUCUAUAUGAUUUACACACUUACGGAAUGAGUUUGACACGUUCAGUGCUCUUAUUUUGAAGUCAGUUCUUACUCGCCACUACCGUAAUCUCUAGUAUAGACGCGUAUACCCGGCUGGUUUGACACUGUUUCGGAGUGGAGGCUGACUUGAGCGCAGUCAGACACCUGACUGGAUGAACGAGCCACUUCAAUAACCGAGGGGUGGCUCGCUUGUACGCGCCCAUUGUGUUGGGUGCAUAGCCGACGGGGGGUAAUCUGGUGUAACAUCUCCGCAUGUUUCCCCUGGCAGCCUCUGGGCGGCUCAUCAAAUCACCUCCGGUCCCUUUAUGAGAAAUAUGCAUUGGUGGCACGAGGAGAACGUGCAAUGAUUUUGUGGUGAUAAGAGUUAAGUUUGAUUACCUUUGCGUCGCGUCUUCCGACUGCACUCUUUAAUGUGUUGAAUUAAAAUGCAAAAUGUUCCCUCGUGCCCCUUUUUAAUCCGAUUUUAUUUUGUUGGCUGCAGAGAGGGAUCAUUAACAGGUUCAAAGAUACAUAUAGUAUCUCGCACACGCAUGCGGUGUUUUACAAUCUGGAGAAGUGACACAGAAAAGUGGCAGCGGACAGACGCACAGUAACCCGAAACUUUUCGACUGGACGGAUAAAGUGAGAAUUCGGGGAUGCAGUGAAGCUCCUUUUCUCUUUCUUUUUUUUUUUUUUUUUUUUUUACAUCAGUCGCAUCACUAGUCUCAUUCCAAUCAGAUCUGGUGACACGUGCACGAGGAUGGAGGAUCGUCUUCCUCGGGGCUUCUCCGGUCCAGUUGUUGCGCUCUUACCGGCUCGUUGUCGUCUCAGAUUCCUUCAGCACACGUUUCCACUUUGACCACUGGAGGCUCCCAGCGGCUCAUGCGUCACUUCGUCCCUCGGUCGCUGACGAUGGCGGAGCUUCAAGUGGAGCCUCAACUUCUCAAUGGGGGCGACUUGAUGGAGGAGAGAGAAGACCCGCGCGCCCCAGGGACAGUGAAGAAAAAGAGAAGAAAGAAGAAGAGGAAUAAGAUCACCACACCAGCAGGGACAAACGAAGCUGAGGGGGAUGGAGAAGCCAGAGGUGUUGCUGAUGUGACCAAACAGUUGGAGCAGCAGACAGUAGAGGACAAGGAGAGGGAGGAGGACGGAGAAGAAGAUGGAGAUGGAGAGAACUCAGCGGAAAAGAAGAAGAGGAAGAAAAAAAAGAAGAAAGGUUUGAAGGGACAGACUGACCCUCCCUCAAUCCCUAUUUGUGAGCUGUAUCCCAGCGGAGACUUUCCAAAGGGAGAGGAGUGUGAAUAUCCACCAUCGAAAGACGGGCGCAGUGCAGCGUGGCGGACCACCAGUGAAAGAGAAAGCGGGGCCCUGGACAUGGCCAACGAGGAGAUGUGGAGUGAUUUCAGGGAAGCGGCUGAAGCACAUCGGCACGUCCGCACGUACGUCCGCAGCUGGAUCAAACCGGGGAUGACCAUGAUUGACAUCUGUGAGAAGCUGGAGGACUGCUCCAGGAGGCUCAUCAAAGAAAACGGGCUAAAGGCCGGCCUGGCCUUCCCCACCGGCUGCUCCAUCAACCACUGUGCUGCCCACUACACCCCCAACGCAGGAGACCCCACGGUGCUGCGCUACGACGACGUCUGCAAAAUAGACUUCGGAACGCACAUCAACGGUAGAAUAAUAGACUGUGCCUUCACCGUCACGUUCAAUCCAAAGUAUGACAGGCUGCUGGAGGCCGUAAGAGAUGCAACAAACACCGGCAUAAAGUUUGCAGGAAUUGAUGUGCGCCUGUGCGAUGUUGGUGAGACCAUUCAGGAAGUCAUGGAGUCUUAUGAAGUGGAGAUUGAUGGGAAAACGUAUCAAGUGAAGCCAAUCAGGAAUCUCAAUGGCCACUCUAUUGGACAGUACCGGAUACACUCAGGGAAGACUGUCCCUAUUGUUAAAGGCGGAGAAGCCACGAGGAUGGAGGAAGGUGAAGCUUACGCCAUUGAGACAUUUGGCAGCACGGGCAGAGGUGCAGUCCACGAUGACAUGGAGUGCUCACAUUACAUGAAAAACUUCAACGUUGGACACGUUCCAAUAAGACUUCCAAGGGCUAAACAUCUGCUGAACGUGAUCAAUGAGAACUUCAGCACUUUGGCAUUCUGCCGUCGCUGGCUGGACCGCCUGGGUGAGAGCAAGUACCUGAUGGCGUUGAAGAAUCUGUGUGACCUUGGCCUCAUAGAUCCAUACCCACCCCUCUGUGACAUCAAGGGCAGCUACACCGCCCAGUACGAGCACACCAUCCUACUCAGGCCCACGUACAAGGAGGUGGUGAGCAGGGGAGACGACUACUAAUCACGCGCUGGGAGGAGCACGGCGGACAAGACAACAAACCUCUGACUGAUCGCAAUUAUGCAAUCUUUCUCUGAAUUACAUGUGCACUGCUUGAACACCAUUAGGUAGUUAUUAUUCAUUGGGGUGGAUAUUUAAAAAGCAAAAUACUUGUAUCGUGGAAGUAGCUUACCAGUGUUGGGCCAAUAGACAAAGGGCACAUCUGUAACAAAGGUAGUGUUGACAUUUUAGUCACAUUUAGUUUAGUUAUAUGUGCUGCUUUUAGGAAAUAUGCAACAUGAAUAUGCAAAAGAAACAUGCAAAAAAGUUAUAGCAAUGAAAUGGGCUGAAAAGGCUUCGCUUGCAUUGUGAAGGAAACUGAAGUGAAAUAUUUAUAUUUCUAUAGUUCUUUGCUCUUUUGAUUUGAGGCAGUUUUGUAAGAAAUUGUUAUAAAUCUCAUCAAUUGCCGUGUGCGUGUUGUGCCUAACAGCUCCCAAUACAUUCAAAGUAUCUGAUGAUUAAAGGUGUAUUUCUCUC